UUCUUCUUCUUUUUUCUUGGUGUGUCUCCUUCAGCUUCCUCUUCCAUGUCUCUGCAUCCUUCAGUUCAUCUCCUCAUCCUUCCUAUCCUCCUGCCAUCGCUGUCUCUCUGCUUCUAUGUGCCAAGCUCAGAUGUGCUUUCGUCCUUCAGUGAUCAGGUGCGAUAUCGUCAUCUCUACACAGAGAGUAAAAAGCAGGCGCUCUUCCUGGAGCUCAAGGCAGAUGGAUCUGUUGGUGGAUCCCCGACAAUGUCUCAAUACACUUCUCUGGAGCUGCGGUCCAUAAAGGCAGGGCAUGCCGUCAUCAAGGGCCUGGCGUCAUCGCGGUUCCUCUGUGUCGACCGAAAUGGACACUUCAGGGGAGAGCAUACCUAUCAGGAAACUGACUGCAAUCUCCAGGAGCUCUUACUGGCUGAUGGAUACUCCCUUUUCCUGUCCCCUCGCGACGGACGCCCCCUGUCCCUCGGGCGCAGAGGUGGACACACCUUGUCUAAGUUCCUUCCGUUGGCUGGUGACCGGUUGAGCAAUGGACAGACACACAACAAGGAUCCACAGGAGACAAUGAACGCAGGGCAAUACAGCACAAAUGUGGACUCUGAUGAUCCAUUGGGAAUGGCACAGUCCCAUUCCAGGUACGCCAACAGUCCGAGUUUGGACUUGGAGAGAUGAGAAUUCACUGCAUUGACUGACUUUUGAGACAAACUAUUGUAAUAAUCAU